AUGUCUGCUGCACCGAUGGCUCCGUUGAAGACAACGCUGGCGGGGAGUGGAGACCGGCACUGCCAGGUCAAGCCUUGUGGGGCGUGCAUUGAGAGCUUCCGGGAUUUCUUGCUCGCUGGCCAUUGGUCCUGGCUCUUGACUGUGGGUCACAGCCUGGGCGGCGCCAUGGCAGCUAUCAGCGGCCUGGAACUGGCAGUGCACACCUCCCAUGCUGGACAACAGAAACAGGUGCAUGUGGUGGGUGUGGAAGUUUUCCGACUCCAUGGACCGCUUCAUCACACCCAAGGGUGGUUUGCGCAUCGCCAACGAUGGAGAUGUCGUCCCCUUUGUGGCUACGGACUGGCUUGGCUCUGGCGUUCCGCGCGUGUGAUGCAUGGCUAUGAGUGGAUCUUCCCACACUUGGCCCGAAAACGGUUCAAGAAGUUGAAAGACUGGCGCACGCAAGUCAGACACCCGAAGGGUGAGGAGGCGUCUUUUGCAAAGAACUUUGGGUGUUCGACAAUGCCUGUGAUGGAGAAGUUUCCACCAAGUUCAUGCAACACUGGUGCACCAACAAGAUUGUGCGACUGCUCACGCUCAUGA